GUAACACUAGGUGGCUAUGCGACGAAAUAAAUUACACGUCCAUGUGCAAGCCUUUGGUUAUCGUCACCGCGCAAAAUGCGUAUUGAAACGUGUUAUUUUUGCUCGUCUCGAAUUUAUCCGGGACAUGGAAUUCAAUUUGUUAGAAACGAUUGUAAAAUUUUUAGAUUUUGUCGAUCGAAAUGUCAUGCGGCAUUCAAAAAGAAAAAGAAUCCAAGGAAGGUUAAAUGGACUAAAGCUUAUAGAAAGACUGUCGGCAAAGAAUUGGCAAUAGAUCCAUCAUUUGAAUUUGAGAAGAGGAGAAAUGUCCCAGUGAAAUACAACAGAGAAUUAUGGACAAAGACUGUGGAAGCUAUCAAGAAAGUUGAAAAUAUUAGGCAGAGGAGACAGAAUCUACAUAUUUUGCAGCGUUUGCGUAAGGGUCGUACGCUGGAACAAGAAAGGGAUAUUAAGGAAGUACAGCGUGAUUUGUCUUUGAUAAGAUCACCAGCGGCUGGACUUAAGGAAAGAAAGAAAUUGGAAGAGACGGCGGAAGAGGACGAAGAAAUGCAUGAGUCUAACGACGAAAUGGAGCCUGAACAAUUGGAAGAAAAUUAAUUAAUUUUUAAUUAAUGAAAUAUCCUAUUCAAGGAACUUUGUAUUGGACUGCAACAAUUAAUAUUUAAUUGGUGACUUAACUGUAAGACUUGUACAUAAACUGAAGGAUAAAUUAGAA